AAUAUUUGCCGGUUUGUUUAUGUUUGAUUUGACAGUUUUUAUUUUUUACAUUUUUAAUUCCUUUGAUCUUUGGGGGACAGGCAUAUGACUGAAAAGCCCUAUUUAUUUUCAAAUAAUGUAUUUGAACAAGUGUAAAAAAAUAAUAGCUUCUAAAUGUAUUCGAUCAAAGAACAUUUUGAAUAUUUGUCAUUACAGAAAUGUUUUUAUUAUGGGCAUUGAAACUUCAUGUGAUGAUACAGGUUGUGCUAUUUUAAACGAAAACGGCGAUAUUUUGGGCGAAUCACUUGAUUCUCAACACUUUGUUCAUUUAAAGCAUGGUGGUAUCAUUCCUCCUAUUGCUCGAGACCUACACAGAAACAAUAUAGAAAAUGUAGUUAAUCAAGCAAUAACUAGAUCUGGUUUGAAAAUUGAGGAUUUAACUGCGAUUGCUACAACAGUGGAACCAGGUUUACCAAUGAGCUUAUUAAUUGGAAUGAAAUAUGGGAAAUAUUUAUGUCGGGUAUAUAAGAAACCAUUCAUACCAAUACACCACAUGAAGGCACAUGCAUUGACAGCAAGGAUGUUUGAUAAAUCAAUAGAAUAUCCAUUUUUAGUCUUAUUAGUGAGUGGUGGACAUUGUCUUUUAGCUAUUGCAGAAAAUGUAGAAGAUUUCUUGCUUCUUGGAAAAUCAAUAGAUAACUCACCAGGUGAAAUUAUGGAUAAGAUUGCCAGAAGACUCAAGUUGAGAAAUUUGAUAGAAUAUACUGCUCUAUCAGGUGGAAGAGCUAUGGAAUUGGCAGCAUCUAAAGCAGAUAAUCCCCUACAAUUCAACUAUAUCAUACCUUUAUUACACCAAAAAAACUGUAAUUUUAGUUUUGCUGGACUUCACAAUCAAAUUAGUAGGAUGAUUGAAAGUGAAGAAAAAAUACACAAGGUAGAUCCAGAUGAAGUUAUUCCAUCAGUUCAUAAUUUAUGUGCAGGAUUUCUUCUCACAAUAACCAGGCAUUUAUGUCAUAGAGUUCAGAGAGCAAUGGAAUUUAUUGAAUUAAAAAAUUUAAUUCCUCCAGAACGAAGAAUUUUGGUGAUGUCAGGUGGAGUAGCUUGUAAUAACAUCAUACCUAAAGGCAUCCAAAUGGUAUGUGAUGAAUAUGGAUAUAAAUUGGUUCGUCCACCCCCAAAAUUGUGCACAGACAAUGGGGUCAUGAUAGCUUGGAACGGUGUGGAAAGAUGGAAAUCACAAGUUGGAGUAUGUUCCGAUUUAGAAAAAAUCACCAUAAAAAAAUCGAGUCCAAUUGGAAAGGAUAUGAUUGAAGAUCUAGAAAAAGCUAAUAUAAGUUGUAAAUGGAUAAAAGUAACAAAUAUAAUGAAUUUAUCAACAAUAUAAUUGUAGAUAAAAAACA